GUUUCACGUUGUUGUUUUUUUACGUCUGCGACGUAAGUAAGUCACGACUGUCUGUCUGUUGCAUCAAACAGCGAACGGCUCGGUUUUGCCUGACCUGAAAUAUGCCACAUUCACACAGGAUCGACAUGUGUCACCAAACUAGAAAUGGCAAUCUUCCCGCAGCCUGACUGAUUAAGCUAGCCAGCCACUUGGCUACCUCCUAGCCCAGGUUAGCUGAGUGCAGUCGGCGCAUCACGAACCAACAAGCAGCUACUGAGAGAAGAUGGCGGAGUACUCGCCUGUCCUGCCGAUGAGGGAUGGUGGAGCGAGGUUUGGUAUCGGACAGCCCAUCUUUCCCCGGUCCCGGUCCGGUUCAGAGUCCGACAGUGAACUGUCUCAGAGUCUGGCCCGAACCAAGAUCCGGUCUUACGGGAGUACGGCUAGCGUCGCGGCUUCUCUCGGCGAGAAAUACAUAGAGCAUCGGGUCACAGACAGCGACACUUUGCAGGGCAUAGCCCUCAAAUACGAAGUAACGAUGGAGCAGAUCAAGAGGACUAACAAGAUGUUCAGUAACGACUGUAUCUUCCUGCGUAACACCCUCAACAUCCCUGUGGUCUCAGAGAAGACCUCUCCCUUCAACGGCCUGUCUCUAGAGUCCCCCGACGGAGAUCCCCAGGACCAGGACUUCAACCCCCUUUGUGUGGGGCAGGACAGGGACACUGAGGAGGACCCCUCGCCACCUCUGGCCCCUGGGGAUAAGGACAGUAGUAGUUAUAAACGGCCCCAGCCAGAAGAGCUGUCGGCUCAAGACUUCCUGCACAGACUGGACUUGCAGAUUAAACAGUCAAAGCAGGCAGCCCGCAGGCUCAAAGAAGAGGAAGUGAGGGACAGUGAAGAGGAAUACACACUUCCUGUUUCAUCAUACCAGGAGAUCUAAUGGACACGUUUACCUGAAGCCCUGAUUAACACCCAUCCACCCAUCAAUCCUUCCUACCUUUAUCUUCCUGUAUCUCUCUUUUACCAAACCAUCACACUGUCAUGUCUAAGUGUUUCAACUGAGGAUUCAUCCUUUGCCUUUUUAAUAUUAGUGUCAUUAUCAUACGUUUUAUUAUUAGUAUUCUUCUGGUUUUGUACUGUUCAACUGCUGUCAAUCAUCUGAACAGCAGGUAGUCUGUUACUAUGACACUCAUCCACUCACUACAAGUCUACAUGCUGCUGCUGUACAGAAUAACUCUCUGGUCUGUGUAUAACACACACGCACACACACACACACACACACACACACAUACACACAGGUGUGUGUUUGGGGGAUUAGUUCGAUACUGGCUUUUACCCUAACUCUGAUGAUCCAAUCCCUCCUAGAAUAGCAUCAGUCCACCAGAUGGAUGGAGAAGCCUCCAGUAUUACCUCCUCUUCCUCCUCCUCCUCUCUUUUCCUCCUCUCCUCCUCUUUUCCUCCUCUCCUCCUCCUCCUCCUCCUCCUCUCCUUCUCUUCUCUUCCUCCUCUUCCACUCCUCUCUACUUCCUCCUCUCCUCCUCUUUUCCUCCUCCUCCUCCCUCUCCUCCUCCUCCUCUCCUUCUCUUCUCUUCCUCCUCUUCCACUCCUCUCUACUUCCUCCUCUUUUCCUCCUCCUCCUCCUCUGUUCCUCCUCUACUAGGCUGCUUCCAUAAUGGCAGCCUAUUUAUACCCCACAUUGAGUGCAUCCCAAAUGGCUCCCUAUUCCCUAUGUAGUGCACUACUUUUGACCAGCUGUGGAUGGGAGGGGUGCUGAAGCUGUGGAUGGGAGGGGUGGUGAAGCUGUGGAUGGGAGGGGUGGUGAAGCUGUGGAUGGGAGGGGUGGUGAAGCUGUGGAUGGGAUGGGUGGUGGAGCUGUGGAUGGGAGGGGUGCUGAAGCUGUGGAUGGGAGGGGUGGUGAAGCUGUGGAUGAGAGGGGUGCUGAAGCUGUGGAUGAGAGGGGUGCUGAAGCUGUGGAUGGGAGGGGUGGUGAAGCUGUGGAUGGGAGGGGUGCUGAAGCUGUGGAUGGGAGGGGUGGUGGUGUUUUGUUUACCUGUUUUGAAGCAUUCAUUGGUGACAUAAAAGGAAAGCUCUGUUUGAAGUGUGAAUGUGCUGUUGUUUUUAAGUGUGUGAAAUACUGUACAAAUGAAACCAUGGCUGAGAUUUAAUGUGCUUUUUUUUCUUGAUUUGAGGAUGAAUAAAUGCAACUUUAAAACAGA